AUGCCCUUUAUUGGUUUCGGCUCCUGUGGAGGUAACUGUGCUUGCUCCACUUGCAUGGUUAUCCUCACACCGGAACAUUUUAAGCGAGUCGAUCGAAUAAACCCAGCAAGCGAAGAGGAGAACGAUUUGUUAGACGAAGCUCCCGAAAUGACCGAUUAUUCACGCCUGGCAUGCCAGGUAAACUAUGCACUUGGCUGUGAUGUGCGACCGCGGCAGUCCCGUGGUUGUUGUCUGUUUACAUGCAGUCAGGUAGACUUGACGGACAUUGUAGGCCUCUGUGGUGCAGACGAUCGUUGUACUAGGAAAUAG